AGGCCGAGGCACCCAGACCCAGCCACUCCCCCAGCAGGCCAGCAGCACCUCGCCCAAAACCCUACGCCGCUCAACCAUGCUCCUCCGGCGACCGCUCCAAACCCUCACUCUCCCCCUCCUCCGCCGCCACUUCGCCGCCGCCGCCGCCGCUGAGGCGCUCGUGUCCCCACACCAAGCCGUCGACCCGCUCUCCCCGCCGUACGACUACCUCCCGGGCCACCCGCGGCCAGACGCCAAGCACGAUGAGGUGAUCCUCGCCGUGCCGCGCGCCUCUUCGGGGCGCCACGUGGCCGCCAAGGAGCGCAAGGCCGGGCGGGUCCCCGCCGUCGUCUUCGAGCAGGAGAACGGACAGGAGGGCGGCAACAAGCGCCUCGUCUCCGUUCAGUCAAAGCAGAUCCGCAAGCUCGUCGACCACCUCGGUCGCUCUUUCUUCCUCUCCAGGCUGUUCAGGCUGCAGGUGUGGUCAGAACACGCCGGGCAGGGUGAACUCAUCGAGAGCGUCCGCGUCCUACCCCGAAAGGUACACCUGCAUGCAGGCACUGAUGAACCACUGAAUAUCACAUUUAUGAGAGCACCUUCUUCUGCGCUUCUCAAAAUAGAUGUUCCUCUGAUGUUCAUUGGAGAGGAUGCCUCGCCUGGUCUCAGGAAAGGAGCCUACUUCAACACCAUAAAACGAACGGUCAAGUAUCUGUGUCCCGCUGACAUAGUACCACCGUACAUUGAAGUGGAUCUAAGUGAGUUGGAUGUAGGACAGAAAUUGUUGAUGCGCGAUCUGAAAGUUCAUCCUGCGUUGAAGCUGCUUCAGUCACCAGAUCAGCCCAUCUGUAACAUUAUCGGAUCAAGGGCUCCAGAACAGAAGAAGGGAAAAUAACUUGCUUCUUUGUAUGAACUGUUUUGAGCACAAUAAGGUUCUCUUUUUCUUUUGGUUUGUUUUUCAUACCUGAGUGAUUCAGGUGUUACUUGUCCUACUGGUAGGAUGAAUUGUAGCCAGAGAAGGAAUGUUUUGAGCAGGCAGAUGCUACAGCUAGACGCACUUGCAAAGGUUCCCAAAUAUGGUCUUGUAGUGUUCACAGAAACUUAUGGUGCGGCGAGCAUUGUUGAAAAUUAAGUCAUCAUUGUUUGCAAUCUAAUCUAGCAUUACAUAUUUACAAUAUGAUUUAGAUAGCAUAAGUUUGUAAGGAUGAUCAAGAAAGAAAAAUGCUCUUUUAUCUUUUGCCAUUGUGAUGGCUUAAGCUCUGUAUCUGUGAUCACCCUGGAAGCUCAAUGUAUCCUCAGUUGCCCAUCUUCGAUACUGGGCUGGUCUAGUCACA